GCGGAAACCCGCCCCCGCCCGGGAAGCCCGGGCAAAGAUGGCGGCGGCCAGGUGGUGGCGGCUGGUGUCCCGCGCUCCGGGGCGGCCCCUGCACUCCGCGGCCCCGGCGGCCGCCGUGGGGGCUCCGGACGCCGCCGGCGCCGAGGGGGCGCCCCCCGUGGCGCGCUACCCGCCCAUCGUGGCCUCCAUGACGGCGCACAGCAAGGCGGCCCGGCAGCGGCGCGUGGAGCGCUGGCAGGCCCGGGUGCACGCGGCGCGGACGGCGGACGAGAAGAUGGGCAUCCUCACCAAGAUGCAGUUCAAGAAGUACGUGGUGCCCCCGCAGACCUUCGCGCUGCACGCCGACCGCUGGUACCAGGGCUUCACCAAGACCGUGUUCCUGUCGGGCCUGCCGCCGGCCGCCCAGCCCGGGGCCCCGCCGCCGCCGCCGCCGCCGGCCGCCGAGCCGGGGUCCCCGCCUCCGGCCGCCGCCCAGCCCGGGGCCCCGCCGCCGCUGCCCGCCCUGGCCGCCCUGCGCGCCGCCGCGGCCGACUGCCUCCUGCAGGAGCACUUCUACCUGCGGCGCCGCGGCCGCGCGCCCCUCUACCGGCAGGUGGAGGCCGUGGCCUCGCCCUUCCUGGACCAGCUGGUGGCCGCCCUGGUGGGCCUGCUCGGCGCGCACAACCCGGCGCUGGCCACCGCCGCCCUCGAUUGUAAACGCCCGGUUCACUUUUACUGGUGGCGUGGUGAAGAGAUCAUUGCUCAUGGUCAUCGGAAAGGCCGCGUUGACGCUGUGCGAUACCAAAUAAAUGAUAAACCACACAACCAGAUUCGAAUAUCCAAGCAGCUCCCAGAGUUUGUGCCGCUGGAUUAUUCUGUACCUAUAGAAAUUCCUGUUAUGAACUGUAAGCCAGACAAACUUCCAUUAUUCAAACGACAAUAUGAAAAUACCAUAUUUACUGGCGCAAGGACAGCAGAUCCGUACUGUUAUGGCCAUACCCAGUUCCACCUGUUACCAGAAAAAGUAAACAGGGAAAGGCUUCUGAAGCACAACCGUGCUGACCAGAUAGAAGUUGUUUUUAGAGCUAAUGCCAUGGCAAGCCUUUUUGCUUGGACUGGAGCACAAGCUAUGUACCAAGGAUUCUGGAGUGAAGCGGAUGUCACUCGACCUUUUGUCUCUCAGGCCGUGAUCACAGAUGGAAAAUACUUUUCUUUUUUCUGCUACCAAUUAAAUACUUUGGCACUGACCGCACAAGCUGAUCAGAAUAACAGUCGUAAAAAUAUAUGUUGGGGGACGCAAAGUAAGCCUCUUUAUGAAACCAUCGAAGAUAAUGAUGUGAAAGGUUUUAACGAUGAUGUUCUACUACAGAUAGUUCACUUUCUACUGAACAGACCGAAAGAAGACAAACAACCGCUGUUGGAAAAAUAAGAAGAAACAUUUGACUCAGGACUUUGGGCACCCUUCCAUUUUACUGAAGCAACAAUAAAAAGAAUUUUAAUGACAA